AUGUCCAGCAACUCCAGUGAAAUCAAUGUGCUCAGAACACGCGUAGCAGACUACCGUGAAGACGAUGGCACUGCCCCUUAUGCCUACGAGCCGAAACCUUGCCAGUUUAUCAAUCUGGAAGGCGUGCUCCCGGAAACGUCGUGCCGAGAACGACCUUACACGGUUGGGGACGUGCUGACCCACUGCCAGAUGAUCCACGAUUCGAUUCAGACGCUGGAUAAGUUGUUCAACGUCAUCCGUGGCAAGGUCUUGAAACUCCACCGGCUCCACGUGAAAUCGAUGUGGCGAAACCACAAGGCGGUUUGCUUUUCCUACCGAUCUUUUCGUUACCUGUUCUCUCGAAGGCUCCGAUACCAAGGGGCCAGAAAGAAACACGGCCGUGGCGGUUUCCCUGCCCGCGCGGGGGGCCGCCGGAGUCUGCUGGUCAGGGGGCAGAGGUCCGAGGGCAACAAGGAGGCUUCUCCUGUGGAAACCUCGGCGCCCACCCAGGGGUCUCUGAUGGAGGCACAGCAGGAGAAGCCGAGAGGACCCCAGGAUCCGCUGAUGCUGGCUCCCUGUGCUGCACUCUCGUUGCCGACGUGUUUCAUCUCCCAGAAGAGGCUGGAGGGCGAGGGCCCCUCUUCCAAGCCCUCCUUUCUCAGCGCCCAACCCUGCGGCAGCCGCCACCCCUCUGCCCGGGUUCCUGCAGCCUUUCCCGAAAAGGUGCUGCGUUUGGAGGAGCAGCCUCUGAGGAGUCACCCCGAGCUGAUGCUGACGGCGAGCCCCGCUCUGCUGGCAUUGAAGAGCCGCACCCAAUGCACCACCGGCUCAUCUCUCUGCACCCUCCUCUCGGAAGCAGGCUCUUCGGCGGGAGACCACGACGGCUUUGCCAAGCUGAGCUGCUCCGAUCCUGCGACCUGGUCCGUGGAUGAUGUGACCCUGUUUCUGAAACAGAGUUUUGCUGAGAACCUCGGCCCCCUUGCUGACCUCUUCCGGGAGCACGACAUCGACGGGGAAGCCCUGCUGCUCCUCACCAUUGACAUCAUGAUGAAGUACAUGGAUCUGAAGCUGGAAACGGCCCUGAAGGUGUACGGCCACAUCGAAAGACUCAAAGAGAAGAAAUACUUGAACAACUGA